CCGUGCACCUGAACGUCGAUUUCACGAAAGAAGAUUUUACUUUUUUACAUUAAGAUGGAUUUUAGUGUUUUUGAAGAUACUUUGCUGUAUAUAAAAUCGCUAAGGAAGAACCCAUGAACAUAAAUCAAGGAAGCAUCAGAUGAGCGAGUCAUGCACCAGUCAAUGGCCAACCAGUCUGAUAUCUCUGGAUUUAUUCUACUUGGCUUUCCUGGCCUACCAGCAAAGUUUAAUACCCCGGUUUCCAUAGCACUGUUCCUCGUCUACCUCGUAGCGCUCUUUGCCAACGGCACAGUGAUAAUCUUAAUUAUCUUCUCCCGCCGCUUGCACCAGCCGAUGUAUGUGAUCAUUGCAAGCCUCGCCGUCUCCGAUCUACUGUUUGACACAAUAACGCUACCCAAAAUCAUCGCCAAGUAUUGGUUUGGAGACGCGACAAUCUCCUUUUCUGGAUGCAUCUUCCAAGUGUUUUGCGUUCAUUGCAUGGGCAGCUUUGAUUCCUACAUCAUCAUGCUCAUGGCUAUAGAUCGAUACGUCGCCAUAAGCAAACCCCUAAGAUAUAACUCAAUAAUAACGAACAGACGUAUAGUUAUUGUCUGUGCUUUCUUCUGGUUCCUUACAGGAAUAAUCUCAUUGUCGAUCGCCUUGUUGGAUGCCGGUAUCCCUUUUUGUGGACGGAACCAAAUCAGGAAUUGUUUUUGUACCAACAUGGCGGUCACCUCCUUGGCUUGUAUCAAUGUCACUUUUGUCAAGCGGUUGGCUUUUGGUCUGGCUAUGUUUGUUCUCCUUAUACCCUUGGGCUUCAUCAUAUUCUCUUACGGAGUUAUCAUCAAGGUCAUCCGGUCAACAAGCCGUUCCGAUAGUUGGCGGAAACCCUUCUAUACCUGUAUUACCCACCUCGUUGUCAUCGGAUUGUAUUUUAUUCCCAGGAUAUUUAUAUACGUGGCAAAUCAGGUGAAAUUAAUUCUUAACGAAGACUUGAAUGUUUUGAUUUUGUGUCUCUACACGUUUGUUCCGCACAUGGCCAACCCAAUAAUAUACUGUCUCAGGACCAAGGAAAUCAAAAAAACUCUGUUAAAUUUCUUCCAAAAGAAGCUGGCACUCAGGAUGGAGCAACAUCCAGCUGUUUAUCUGAUUAUGAACAAAUAUCGUUGCACCUAA